AUGUGGACUCCAGUACGGUUCACUGCUGGCAAAACACGUGGAAUCCGGAGAAGGGUCAAUGACAGAUACCGGGGUGUGAUGUCGGUGUUAAACCUGUCCUUCGCGGCCUGUGGCUUCAUGGGGGUCUACCACCUGGGAGCAGUGGGGGCGUUCCUCCGUCGCUGCCCCAGGACCGGCUCCUCUCCUGGGGUUUGUCCCGCGGCCUGCGCUGGGGCCUCUGCUGGAGCUCUGGUGGCUGCUGUCGUCAUCACUGCACCAGAGAAACUACAGGAGUGCACAGACUUCACCUACGCCUUCGCACACCGUGUGAGAUCACAACCACUAGGAGCCAUCACCCCUGGGUUUGACUUCAUGAGAGAGCUACGAGAUGGAGUGGACCACAUUCUCCCCUGUGACGCUCACCUCAGAGCAGACGGACGCCUCUACGUGUCGCUCACUCACUCUAGAACCGGACAGAACCAGAUCAUCAGCAACUACAGCAGCAGAGAGGAACUAAUGCAGGCACUCCUGGCCUCCAGCUUCGUUCCGGUCUAUGCUGGUCUGAAGCCUGUGGAGUUCAGAGGAGAGCGCUGGGUGGACGGAGGCUUCACAGACUCUUUGCCGAUUCUUCCGUUCGGACGCACAGUCACAGUGUCGCCGUUCUCUGGACCGCAGAAUGUGUGUCCAGUCCACAGGGGGCGCUCUACCAGACACUUGCAGCUGGCCAACAUGAAGGUCACGUUUUCUGUAGAAAACAUGAAACGUUUGAACAGUGCUCUGUUCCCUCCGACUGCGGCUCAGAUGAGGAUCUUUGAGGAGGAAGGAUUUACUGAUGCCCAGAGAUACAUGAGGACCAUGUGA